AUGGCUGCACCCCAACGGGACAGGAGGGAGAAGCCUGCAGGUGAAUAUACACAAAAAGGCGCAAAUCAACAGUUGCCAACUGACCGAGGUGAUAAUGCCAAACCUGAUGACACCUGCCUAGUCAGAAUUCAGAGCCACAAAGAAAAUGACUUCAUUGAAGUUGAACUGGAUAGACAAGAGCUGAGUUACCAAAAUCUACCAAAAGUGAGCUGCUGUGAACUGGGGAUUAACCCAGAGCAAGUGGGAAAAAUCAGAAAGCUACCACACACACUUGACAAAGACAUUCUAAGACUACGGGACUUUCAAGAAGAACUCAUUUUAAUGAAAAAUGGAAGCUCUGAACUGACAGAACACACACCAUCUCUGUUAGAAAAGCCCUGCUACAACAGCAAUGCUGCAAAAAUGACUUAUUAA